UCUCCUAUUGUCUGUGGAGACCCGUGAAACUGUAUGGCUUUAAGUGCUUCGGGAAAGGGCAGAAUUCACUACAUUCUUUCUUCACCCGCAUCCCAGCUCCUAGUGAGGGAGCGCAAAGCCGAAACCAAGGCCCAUGUCCAAGCCGGAGUCUCACUCGCGCCGGGUCCCCACGUCAGGCCUUCCUCCCGCUCCUUCCCUCUCGGGUCCACCCUGGACUUCACUGGCGGCCGCAUCUGCGGGAGGGGGCGGGGCCCCGCGGCCUCCUGGCGCCCGCUUCGCGGAUUCCUUUGUCUCCCGGUCUCUGUCUUUGGCUCCAACGUCGCGGGUGAAUGCUCACACCCGUCCUGGCCCUGCCGCCAGGGGCCCCGCCGUCUUGAAGGAAACCCAGCGCACUGCACAGCAGCGCACUCCACAGCAGCACACCCAAGUCCCCGAGACGCCGCGUGGGAACCGAGUGGGCGCGGCGAGCGUCACCGCGCAGGCGCCAAUCUCACCUUCAGACACUGCAAUUCCCAGAAGGCCGUGCAGCAGCCUCGGCGCUGCUGAGCCAGGAGCUGCUCCGGCUCGGGAAGGGAUCGGGAGCGCUCGCCGCAUUGCAUUGUGGAAUACAUAGUGCAACAGAAAACUCUCUGGCACAAACUCCCAACCGAACUCACGUGUUUACCUUGUGCACUACCCUCGGCGGCCGGGAUGGGCCAUCAAUGAAGAGUAGCUACAGGGUGACGUCAUAAAUCCGCGACCAGACGGGCGGCGCCAUCUUCGAACUUGGACUUCCGGAAGGACUUUGGUGAGGGGGCAACCAUUCUAGGGGGUGCUGAUGGACACCUGCGGGGUCGGCUAUGUCGCCCUGGGGGAGGCCGGCCCCGUGGGGAACGUGACUGUAGUGGACUCUCCUGGACCAGAGGUGCUAAAUCAGCUUGAUGUCAGGACCACUGCAGAAACAACCAGGACAGAGGCUUCCACAGAGAUGUCCUUGCCUACCUCUUUGUCUGGAUUUGAGGGCUCUCUUGAUGAGAAAAAGCUCCUUCCAGAACAGGAAAGCCUGUCCAGACUGGAACAGCAAGAUCUUUCUUCGGAGAUGUCAAAGGUCUCAAAGCCUCGGGCCUCCAAGCCUGGCCGGAAGAGAGGGGGUAGGACACGGAAAGGCCCCAAAAGGCCCCAACAACCUAAUCCUCCACCAGCCCCUCUGGCUCCAGGUCUCUUAGAUCAAUCCAACCCUCUGCCCACCCCCAUGCCCAAGAAACGAGGUCGAAAAACGAAGGCAGAGCUGCUACUGCUGAAGCUGUCCAAAGGCCUAGAUCAGCCAGAGUCUCCAGCUCCAAAGAGGCCCCCUGAGGACUUUGAGACCCCACCUGGGCAACGACCCCGCCGAAGGGCUGCCCAAGUGGCACUCCUGUAUCUUCAGGAAUUGGCUGAAGAGCUCUCAACAGCCCUGCCUGCUCCAGUGUCCUGUCCCGAGAGCCCCAAGGUGAGCAGCCCCACCAAACCAAAGAAGAUCCGGCAACAGCCAGUCUGUCAAGGUGGAGAAGAAGAGGACGACACCGCACGCGAUGAAGACUUUGUUCUCAAGGUUGAAGCUGAAGAUGGAGAGGAAAGUGAGGUCCCAAGUGAGAGCUCAUCUGACCCGGAGCCUGCUGUGCCCCGAAGCACCCCACGAGGAUCCACUUCAGGGAAGCAGAAGCUGCACUGCCGGGGCAUGGCUCCCAAUGGCUUAUCCAAUCACAUCAUGGCUCCUGUCUGGAAGUGCCUCCAUCUCACCAAGAACCUGCUUCUCUGUCCCUCUAGCCGAGAACAGAAGCAUUCAUACUGGGAGUUUGCAGAAUGGAUUCCGUUAGCCUGGAAGUGGCACUUGUUAUCUGAACUUGAGGCAGCUCCCUACCUGCCCCAGGAGGAGAAGUCUCCACUGUUUUCUGUACAACGUGAAGGACUUCCUGAAGAUGGCACACUCUACCGCAUAAACAGAUUUAGCUCGAUCUCAGCACACCCAGAGCGCUGGGAUGUGUCCUUCUUCACAGGGGGACCUCUCUGGGCUCUGGAUUGGUGCCCAGUGCCAGAGGGGGCAGCAGCCUCGCAGUAUGUGGCCCUUUUCUCCAGCCCUGACAUGAAUGAGACACAUUCACUGAGCCAACUUCAUUCAGGUCCUGGGCUACUCCAGCUCUGGGGCCUUGGAACCUUGCAGCAGGAAAGCUGUCCUGGCAACAGGGCUCACUUUGUCUAUGGGAUUGCUUGCGACCACGGCUGCAUCUGGGACCUCAAGUUCUGCCCCAGUGGAGCAUGGGAACUUCCAGGCACCCCUCGGAAGGCUCCUCUCCUGCCUCGGCUGGGUCUCUUGGCUCUUGCUUGCUCAGAUGGGAAGGUGCUGCUGUUCAGUCUGCCCCAUCCUGAGGCCCUGCUGGCACAUCAGCCCCCAGAUGCAGUGAAACCCGCCAUCUAUAAGGUUCAAUGUGUGGCAACCCUUCAGGUGGGUUCUGUGCAAGUAUCAGACCCCUCUGAGUGUGGUCAGUGCCUUAGCCUGGCCUGGAUGCCCACCCGGCCCCACCACCACCUGGCUGCUGGAUACUAUAACGGCAUGGUGGUUUUCUGGAACCUUCCCACUAACUCGCCCCUGCAGCGGAUACGGCUCUCUGAUGGCUCUUUGAAGCUCUACCCCUUCCAGGGUUUCCUAGCCCAUGACCAGGCUGUGCGUACCCUUCAGUGGUGCAAAGCCAACAGUCAUUUCAUAGUGUCUGCAGGGAGCGAUCGGAAAAUCAAAUUCUGGGACCUUCGACGGCCUUAUGAACCAAUAAAUGCUAUCAAGCGCUUCUUGAGUACAGAGCUGGCCUGGCUGCUCCCCUACAAUGGUGUCACAGUGGCGCAGGACAACUGCUAUGCCUCUUAUGGACUCUGUGGAAUUCAUUAUAUUGAUGCUGGUUACCUUGGUUUCAAGGCCUACUUCACUGCUCCUCGAAAAGGCACUGUCUGGAGUCUUUCAGGAUCCGACUGGCUUGGGACAAUAGCUGCAGGAGAUACAUCCGGGGAGCUCAUUGCAGCUAUAUUGCCUGAUAUGGCACUGAACCCAAUAACUGUCAAGCGACCUGUAGAGCGAAGAUUUCCUAUAUAUAAAGCAGAUCUGAUGCCGUAUCAGGAUAGUCCUGAAGGUCAAGACCACUGUUCUGCUGCAUCUGGAGCCCUCAACCCACCCAAGGCUCGAACUUAUGCUGAAACCGUCAACCAUCACUACUUGCUCUUUCAAGACACAGAUUUGGGUUCGUUCCAUGAUCUGCUCCGUAGAGAACCAGUGCUGCGGAUGCAGGAGGGAGAGGGGCACGCUCAGCUCUGUCUGGACAGGCUGCAGCUGGAGGCUAUUCAUAAAGUACGUUUCAGCCCAAACCUGGACUCCUAUGGAUGGCUCGUAUCUGGGGGGCAGUCAGGGCUGGUUCGGAUCCAUUUUGUGCGUGGACUCACCUCCCCAUUGGGCCACCGUAUGCAGCUUGAAAGCCGAGACCACUUCAAUGCUGUGUUCCAAUCGUCCUCCCCUACUAAUGGGCCUGGCUUCUCUUCAACCAGCCAUCGCCUUCUGCCCCGUCCCUAGCCGUGGUCCACACAAGACCCUUGAAUGAAGUCUGCCAAGAACAGAUGGCCCCAGGCAUAGACCAUAGAAACUGGGCCUUCUUGGACAGUGAUGCUGCCAGGCCUGGACCUUUCGACCUGCCUCCCAGGAUUCCUUAGAUACCUCUCCUUCCAUCGACUUCAGCUAUCAACACGGCCCCUGUGGGCAGGGAGGCUUGCCCUCCACGAACUCUCAAGGCUCCUUAGCCUAAAACUGGCUCACAAGAAACACUCAGGCCUGAUCUAGGCUUGGGAGUCAAAUUGCUCAUAUUGAGCAUAUUGUGAAGUGGGUAAAGCUAAGUAAAGGUACUGGGUGUUUUUGAGACCACAUGUGAGUGGGUGUUUGGAAAACUGGAAGGAGUAUCUGCAGGAAGGCUUCUGUCUGACUGUGUUCCAGGAUCCAGGAUUACUGCCCUGCCAGCUUCCUGUUUAGAGUAACCAACAUGCAAGCCCACGGGGGCGGGGGUAGUAAGUUGUUGGCCUGAAGCUGCUUAUAGUGGUUCUUUAACUGAGGAACACCACACACCACCAAGAGAACGGUGGUUCAGAUCUUACUUGCUCCUGCUUAGGAAAUAUUCCUGAUCACUGGUCAUCUGACCCUACUUGAACACUCCUAGACAGUCAUGUUUUAAAACAUCGUCCUUUAUAUCCAGUCAGAGUAUACCUCUAUAGAUUUUACCAUUGGUAUUAGGAAUUCUAGUAAUUCCCACCUGUGAUUGCCCUUUUAAGUGUUUAAAAUAGCUAUCAGAUGUUUCCCAAGUCUUUUCUUCUCUAGAUUAAAUAUCUUCAGUUACCUUAA